AUGGAGGAGCUGGUGUGCGAGCUUCGCCUGUUCCUGGACCUGCUGGACAGGGAGUACCUGAGUGCCGGGGUCCGAGAGAAGAAGACGCACCUCUCCAACAUCCUCCACAGAGUCCUUGCAGACAAAGAGCCUUCGUUCAAGUCGGAGAUCCACAGCGGGCUCCCGUCGCCGCCGCAGAUGCCUCUUCCAGAGAUCCCCCACCCCUGGCUGGCUCCCAACAGCGCGCCUCCUCCGCUGCCCAGCUCCUCUCUCCCUGAAGGUUACUAUGAAGAAGCGGUCCCUUUGGGUCCAGGAAAGGCUCCUGAGUACAUCACCUCCAACUAUGACUCGGAUGCCAUGAGCAGCUCCUACGAGUCCUAUGAUGAGGAAGAGGAGGACGGGAAGGGACAGAAGAUGCGUCACCAGUGGCCGUCUGAAGAAGCAUCCAUGGAUCUCGUGAAAGACUCCCGGAUCUGUGCCUUUCUGUUACGCAAGAAACGCUUCGGCCAGUGGACCAAACUCCUCUGUGUCAUCAAAGACAACAAAUUACUGUGUUACAAGUCCUCCAAGGACCACACGCCCCAGAUGGAGCUGGUCCUGUCUGGAUGCAGCAUCACUCACAUUCCUAAAGACGGCAAGAAGAAGAAGCACGAACUAAAGAUUGUCCACCAGGGGGCGGACGCCCUGGUGCUGGCUGUGCACAGCAAAGAACAAGCCGAAGAGUGGCUCAAGGUGAUGAGAGAGGUGUGUUUGAACGGGAGCACGGACCUGGACGGAGCUGGAUCUGGUUCGCCCGUGCACAAACCCGAACUGGAGAAGAGAGCGUCGUGCGACAGGCCGAGCUCAGACGGGGAGGCGCCCCACGAGAACGGACACGGCGACGUCAAGGACCAAGGAAAAUCAAAGAAGAACUCGAAGUCUGAGCAAAAAUCCGGGACCGUGGGUAAGGGGGCCGGCAAGAAGAUCACUAAGAUCAUCGGGCUGGGGAAGAAGAAGCCCUCCAUGGACGAGCAGACCUCGUCUGCAGAGGAGGACGUCCCCAGCUGCGGCUACCUGAACGUGCUGUCCAACAACCGUUGGCGUGAGCGCUGGUGCCGCCUGAAGGACAACCAGCUGCUGCUCCACAAGGACCGGGACGAUCUGAAGAGCCACAUCGCCUCGCUGCCGCUGCGAGGCUGCGAGGUCAGCCCCGGCCUGGACCACAAGCACCCCUUCGCCUUCCGCCUGCUUCGCAACGGCCAAGAAGUGGCAGUCCUGGAGGCUUCCUCCUCUGAGGGGAUGGGUCGUUGGUUGGGGGUUCUACUGGCAGAGACCGGCUCCACCACCGACCCCGCCACCCUGCACUACGAUUACAUCGACGUGGAGACCACUGCCAACGUCAUCCAGCUGGCCAAGCAGUCCUUCUGCUUCACCAGUAAGCGUGCCAUCUCUCCCAACCCGUACCUGGACAACCCGGUCAACGGCUACGCCUGCCCGACUGGCAUGGCCCUGCACUACGACGACGUGCCCAUAAAAGGAAUGCUGAAGGGAAAGAAGGGAUCAACCACCAACGGACUGAUGUCCAAACUGAAGACGGACCCAAAGAAUCAGGCCAAGAAGACGGGCGCGGGCGCGACCAACGGCUCGGCAUCUGUGAAACGCAACGGCUCCAAUGCAGAACAGUGCAAAUACGGCAAGAACCGCGUGGAGGCCGACGCCAAGAGACUGCAGGGCAAAGAGGACGAGCUGAUGAAGAGGAAGCAGGACAUCCGGAACCAUCUGACCCAGCUGAAGAAGGAGAGGAGGGACCUGCGCUCAGCUGUGGAGGCGGCUGCCGGCAAGCGCUCCCUGGCCUCGCUGUCGGAGAAACUGAAGAAGGUGGAGGACGAGUGCAAGCAGAAGGAAGAUGAGCGGGUGAACCUGGAGCUGGAGCUGACGGAGGUGAAGGAGAGUCUGAAGAAGGCCCUGAACGGAGGCGUGACUCUGGGCCUCACCAUCGAGCCCAAGGCGGGCUCGUCCACCCUGCAGUCUCCGGCGAUGCUGCGACGGGCCCAGGAGUCCUCUCCCUUCUCCAGCUGCGACACCAGCGACACGGAGUCCUGCUCGCUGCCGGUGAACAGCGCGUCGCUGCUGCGCCGGCAGCAGGCCGGCCAGAAGCCCUCGCCCGUCCGAGGACACGUCUUGAGGAAGGCCAAGGAGUGGGAGCAGAAGAGCGGCACAUAAACCGUCCGGGGGCCUCUCAUCAGUCCGACUUUCACUUGUUUUUCUGCUGCAGAAACUGUGUAUAUAUUUAUUUAAAACUGUUACAGUCCAAGGAGCCCAGAACAGCACUCACAUGCGCUAAAGGCCGUAUCCUGUAAGCAGAUUUAAACCUGGGAGCUUCUGAGCGUGCUUCAGUGUGCUACGUUGUGUCUCGUCUGCUUCUUUAGUUCCUCUCUCUCUCAAAAUCACAUCCAGCGGUUUGAGUUUCAAAGAUUCCAGUCCAAGUAUUUAUUUGUAAAUGUUUCAAGGAAAUGCUGACUUCCCUUUGUUUAUUUAUGUUGAUAUAUUUAAAGUAUUUUUGUAGAAAUUGUGGCUCUCCACACAAACCCAGCUCCUGCAGGAAAAACACAAGGAACAGGAAACACAAACCAGCCGAUCAGUGACGCGGCUCAUCUCCAGGGUGUUUACAGAAGCACAAUUACUCCAGACUGGCAGGAAAUCAGUAAAGAUAGAUAGAAUAGAUAUGUGUUUAUUGUCCCCGUGGGGAAAUUUGUUUGCAGCAAAAGACAGACAUGGCAAUGUGACAAACAUAGCAUAAAACCAG